UGUAAAUACAGUGCUGGAUUACCUAAGGAUCACGACCGCAUAGAAUCUCUCUCUCACCCCAACCGUUUAUGCCAUACACUCUUAUGCGUGCCCGCAUUGAAAUCACGACUUUGGCUCAUGUCUCAUAAACAGACAACCAACGUAAGCCAGAAAUCCAGGUCGAGGUUUUCGUCAGAGAUAGGGAGGCAUGGCCUCGUCGCCCGGCAGUGCUGGUCCAAGCAGCAGCAGCGGCUGGUUCAGAUCGCUGCUCAACGCCGCGUCAAGCCUCGCCGCCGCCCAGCUGUCGACAGACGACGCUUGCGCCGAGCUGUCCCGACAUGUCCCUGAGCCGCUCACGCUUGCUGCGCUCCGGGCCGAGGCGUUGACGGCGGACCGCCGGUUGAUAUGCUUUCAGGACGAGAACAACAAGAACACCAAAAAGAACAGCAAGCAGACAGCAAGCACAACACGGCCGCUGCUCCUCGCCAUCCUCGCCUACCUCCGCUCCGGCAAUAUCACGGCCGGCACCAGCCAGGACGCCACAGCAGCGGCCGCCGGGGGCGAGCUAGCUCUUGCCGUAGCGCAGGCGAUUGCGCCCGUCGCGGCCGACGACGACAAGGAUGCCCGAAUCAAGGGCUUGGGUCUAGACAACCACGACCGCGCGCGGCUCUACGCCGACGCAGCGGCGCACUGCACCGCCGUUGGGCUGGCAGGACUGGCUAUCCUGCAAGCGCUCUCAGACCUACUCUCUGACAGCAGCAGCAGCAGCAGGUUCGACGACCAAGUCUUACUGACACUAGUAGCCUACGCCAGCGCCGAUGACGACGACAGCUGGUCGACAGCAGAGACGGCGGCGCGCGCGGGCGCCGUGCUCAGGGACCAGCUCGGCAGCAGCAGUAGCAGCAGGGAGCGGGAACAGUUCGCCGCCGAGGCCGUGCUGCAGCGCUACCUGCGGCCGCUGUUCUCCAAGUCCAAGCCGGCGUCGGUGACAGCGUCAGGCAGGAAGGUUGAGUAUGCCGCCGCCGGGGGCUCAGCGGUUGCUAGUAGCCUGGGCCCCGAGGGCGAGCCCCGCGACACGAAGCCGUGGAAGUACGUUGACUUCAGGGCCAUCCCGGCCGUGUGCUGGGUCAUCAACGAAGCAGAUGAACAAUUCAUCAGCAAGCAGUGGCCGCUCUACAUCCCGGUGCUGAUGACGCUGGUCGACGACUCGGCCACGAGCGUGCGGAGCCGCGGCCUCGUGGCGCUCGCCGCCUUCCUGCGCAAGCUCCCAGACCAGACCCUCCACGACACGGGGCUUAGCGCGGUGUUUGAGGAGGCCGUCUUCCCGACGCUGGCGUUCCUGCCCAGCCUGACGCCCGAGGACGAGUCGCUGCAGCUGCUGGGUCCCGCCUUUAGCGCCCUGCUCUGCCUCGCGGGCAAGCAGGUGCGGGAGCAGCAGCAGCAGAGACAAAGACCUACGGCCAAGGACGCCACCGGCGGAGGCGGCAAGAACAAGAUGCUCGACCGCAUCCUCCGCCAAGGCGUCUUCGCGGCCCACCUCCACGCCCAGGACCACGUGCGCAUCGUCGAGGUGCUCUGCCAGCAGACGGCGCUGAUCAUCGGCGAAAUGGGUAUUCACGCCGUCAAGCACCUCAAGGACCUCAUCCCACUGCUAUCGGGGAUAAUGACGGACCCGUUCGCGCCGGUAUCGCCCGCAACACUCUUGUCGGCCAUCCAGGCGCUCGAGGCGGUGCUAGCCAACUGCUGGCCGAAGAUCCCCGUCUCUCCGUGGGAAGACGAGAUCAUCACAGCUCUGGCGGUGUGCUGGCUGAACUGGAACGACGACGACACGCCAGGAGCAGCAGUAACAGCAAGAGGAGGCCAGGUUGAGCAGGAGCUCAUCAAGUUGGCCCAGGCGCUCGGCGCCGUGCUGGAGAGUGGGAGCAAAACGGAGACUAAUAGUCCAGCUGAUCUGUACGAGCGUGUGGCGCCGCUGGUGGCGAAGGAGCCGUCGCUAGACAGACUCUUUACACGCGUACGAUGAAUAAGUUCUGCUAAUAUUGCUAGUCAUGCCGUAGCUGAGAUGGCGUGCCGGGCGUGACAUCUACCACCCCCGACAGGGC